UUUCACCCAAAUUCUUCUGUUUCUCAGCUUCUCAAUCCAUCCAACUCUCGCCCACAAUUGUCUUUCGACUUUCUAUUUGCAUUUUCAAGAACCCAUUACUUAGUUUUUGAUUAUUGUCCUGUCGAGAUUUCAUUCGUACAUUGCUGUAUUUCUUGAAAAAUUGAAGCGUUUCGACUUUUUAUUUUGCAUCCUCAAGAACUCAUUACUCAGCUUUUGAUUGUUGGCUGUCAUUUUUACUCAAACAUUCUUCAAAAAUAGAAGCUCUGUAACUUUCUAUUGGCCCCAUUAUCCACUAUCUGAUUAUUCGCCGAUCAAGAUUGAUGAUUUUUUCUUGGAAGGGUGUGUUGUUGCUGCCACAUUUAUUGAAAGAUUGAAGCUUUUGAUCAUCUAGGAUGCCAUGGUUGAUCUCCUUUGGUGUUGUUUGAAUUCGGGUUCUCAUUGUUAUUCCAGGAUUUUAUUAUGUUUGUUCAUAGAUAGUUAUCGAAGAGCUUCAAGUUUCGGAAAUGAGUGGAGUGAAGAUCAAAAUUUGCUCGGUGGUUUAUGUUUUAUUGUUUCUUGUAGUCGUUUCAAAUUUAUUGCCUUGUGUUUAUUGUGUUGAUGGGGGUGAUUAUAGUCAGACAGGUAACCCAGCCUUGCUUCCCCUUAUCACACAGAUGAUAUAUAACCGGCUUUCGAAUCUCAGCACAGUAUUCAGUGAUGCUAUACUAGAUACAUCUGGUUUUUGCGUAAAAAAUGUGAAAGCAGAUUGGAAUGGGGCAUUCGAUUUCACUGGAGAAUUAGAUUUCUUAACAAAUUGUAUAAAGAAGACCAAAGGGGAUCUCACACAUCGACUAUGUACAGCAGCAGAAAUAAAAUUCUAUUUCAAGAGUCUCUUUGAGAGGCGGGAAGCAGGUUCCAAUUACUUGAAACCUAAUAAGAACUGCAACUUGAGUUCUUGGCUUUCUGGUUGUGAACCAGGAUGGGGUUGUAGUACUAGCCAAAAGCAGAAAGCUGUUAUGGAAAAUACAAAGGACAUACCUGCUAGGACUCAAGAUUGUCAACCUUGUUGUGAGGGUUUCUUCUGCCCACAAGGUCUCACUUGCAUGAUACCUUGCCCAUUAGGUUCCUAUUGUCCAGUUGCAAAACUUAAUAAAACAACCGGAGUAUGUGACCCAUAUAGUUACCAAAUACCUCCCGGACAGCCAAAUCAUACCUGUGGUGCUGCAGAUAUCUGGUCUGAUGUUGGUAGUGCUAGUGAAAUCUUUUGUCCGCCAGGAGCAUACUGCCCAACGACCACUCUUAAAGUCCCUUGCAGUAGUGGACAUUACUGCAUGACGGGUUCCACUUAUCAAAAAGCGUGCUUCAAGUUGACUACCUGUAAAUCAAAUACUGCCAAUCAAAAUCUUCGUGCCUAUGGGGUUAUUCUUAUCGCUUCGCUGACGACUCUGCUUCUCAUUAUUGUUAACUGCUCUGACCAAGCUCUCUCUACACGAGAAAGAAAAGCAGCCAAGUCUAGAGAAGCUGCAGCAAGACAAGCAAGAGAAACUGCACAAGCACGUGAAAGGUGGAAAACUGCAAAAGAUGGUGCCAAGAAACGUGCAUUUGGAUUGCAACAACAGUUUUCACGUACAUUUUCUCGCCAAAAAUCUAGAAUGCAACCAGAGCUGAAGGGUACAGGUCAAACUAAACACACGUCAGAUGAUACAUCAUCAUCUGCAACUGGUAAAACAAAGAAAAAUGAGCCAACCAACCUCACAAAAAUGAUGCGUGCUAUUGAGGAUGAUCCAAAUAGUCCUGAAGGAUUUAAUAUAGAGAUCGGAGAUAAAAACAUUAAAAAGAAUAUGCCAAAGGGUAAACAAUUGCAUACUCACAGUCAAAUUUUUAAGUAUGCAUAUGGUCAACUUGAGAAGGAGAGAGCUAUGCAGGAGCAGCAACAGAACUUGACCUUCUCAGGGAUAAUCUCAAUGGCUACAGAUACUGAUAUCAAAACAAGACCAGUGAUAGAGGUUGCUUUUAAGGACUUAACCCUCACUUUGAAAGGGAAAAAUAGACAUCUUCUUAGGUGUGUGACUGGGAAAAUUAUGCCAGGCAGAGUUUCUGCUGUCAUGGGUCCAUCAGGAGCUGGCAAGACAACUUUUCUUUCUGCUUUGGCGGGAAAAGCAACUGGAUGCACUAUGAAAGGUUCAAUUCUUAUAAAUGGAAAAAAUGAACCUAUUCACUCUUAUAAGAAAAUUAUUGGUUUUGUGCCACAAGAUGAUAUCGUGCAUGGCAACUUGACAGUGGAAGAGAAUCUCCGAUUCAAUGCAAGGUGCAGAUUAUCUGAUGAUAUGCCUAAAGCAGACAAGGUUUUGGUUAUCGAAAGAGUUAUCGAGGCCUUGGGAUUACAGGCUGUGAGAGAUUCUUUGGUUGGGACAGUGGAGAAGCGAGGAAUUUCUGGAGGCCAGAGAAAACGUGUGAAUGUUGGGAUUGAAAUGGUGAUGGAACCUUCUCUAUUGAUUUUGGAUGAGCCCACAUCUGGUUUGGACAGUGCUUCUUCACAGUUACUUUUAAAGGCACUGCGACGUGAAGCUCUGGAAGGGGUAAAUAUCUGCAUGGUCGUGCAUCAGCCUAGUUAUGCCUUGUUCAAGAUGUUUGAUGACUUGAUACUUCUAGCAAAAGGUGGCAUUACUGUGUAUCAUGGAUCAGCAAAGAAAGUUGAAGAGUACUUUGCUGGCCUCGGGAUUAUUGUACCAGAGCAUGUUACUCCUCCAGACCACUACAUUGACAUUCUAGAAGGUAUAGUGAAACCAGAAGCAAAUGUGACUCAUGAACAGCUGCCUAUAAGAUGGAUGCUACAUAAUGGGUAUGCAGUGCCCCCAGAUAUGCUGCAUCUUUGUGAUGGACUUGGUGCAGGCUCGACUACAAGUAAUUCAACAGAACCUAGUGCUGCCGAUACUGAACAGUCUUUUGCUGGAGAUCUGUGGCAGGAUAUGAAGUGCAAUGUUGAACUACAAAAAGAUUAUAUACAGAGCAAUUUUCAAAAGUCUAAUGAUUUAUCCAACCGAAGAACUCCUAGUGUAAGCCGCCAGUAUCGAUAUUUUCUUGGGAGGGUUGGCAAGCAACGACUACGAGAAGCUAGACUACAAGCAGUUGAUUAUCUUAUUCUAUUAUUAGCCGGAGCCUGCUUAGGAACUCUUACAGAAGUGGAUGAUGAAACAUUUGGGUCCACUGGCUAUACUUUCACUGUCAUUGCUAUUUCAUUGCUAUGCAAGAUUGCAGCAUUAAGGUCAUUUUCUCUGGACAAAUUACACUACUGGAGAGAGAGUGCAUCUGGAAUCAGCAGUCUAGCUUAUUUUCUAUCAAAAGAUACACUUGACCAUUUCAAUACAUUUGUCAAACCUCUGGUUUAUUUAUCCAUGUUCUAUUUCUUCAACAAUCCUAGGUCAAGUUUUACAGACAAUUACAUUGUUUUGAUUUGCCUUGUAUACUGUGUGACUGGCGUUGCUUAUAUAUUUGCCAUCUACCUCGAACCUAGUCCUGCCCAACUGUGGUCAGUGCUUCUUCCUGUUGUCCUAACUCUCAUUGCAACUCAGGAGCAACAAACUGGACUAGUGAAGCAUUUGGGAUCUUUGUGCUACCCGAAAUGGGCCAUGGAAGCUUUUAUCAUUGCAAAUGCAGAAAGGUACUCCGGGGUCUGGCUGAUAACUCGCUGCCACUCGUUACUAGAAAGCGGCUAUGAUCUCGGUCACUGGAGUCUUUGCUUGGAACUUCUCAUUCUUACCGGCAUACUCUGCCGUUUUAUAGCUUACUUUCUGCUGGUUACCUUCCAAAAGAAAUGAGUAGGGAAGUUACAGUCGUUGAUAUAUUUCUUGCGUACAGAAAGAUAAGAAAAGAAGCAACACAAACUCCUCCAAGUGAUGCAACAGCAGAGUAAACAGGUGGCUAGCAAAUCAGAUUAGUCAGUGUAGAUCAGGUGUAAUGACCCAAGUUAGGUUUUUGUAAUCAUUUUCUUUCUGUAAGCAAGUUGUAUGAGUGUUGGCUUAGACGAUGUAGGAAGCUGACCACAUUUUUACAUCCUAUGAGGAAGUAAGAGAAAAUGAUUUUCAUGCUCAUA